AUGCCAGCUGCUGAACAGCAAGAUAUAGUGAGCAAACUAUCAGAACGUCAAAAGCUUUCGUGGAGCGAGUUGACCGAUACCGAGAAGCAGGCUGCUUGGUACAUAUCCUAUGGUGAAUGGGGACCAAGAAGGCCAGUUCACGGCAAAGGUGAUGCCAGUUACAUCGCCAAGGGAGUUGCUCUUGGUUUGAUAUUCUCUGUUGGCCUGUUCGCUUUUGCCAGACAAUUCGGUGGCGAGGCUCCAAAGACCAUGACCAAAGAGUGGCAAUUGAAGUCUGACGAAUACUUGAAGUCGAAGAACGCUAACCCAUGGAACGGUUACUCCCAAGUUCAAUCGAAAUGA